AUGUCGAAAGAUCAACCCACUCUUCCUGACCGCGACGAAUGGUUUAGUCCCGAGCAAAAGGAGAAAUAUGAAAAGUAUGUCCGCGGUGCAGACGAUGAAGAGUUGAUUGAUGAAGAAGUUAAAGCUCCAGCAAUUAGAAAUGAACUUAUUCAUCAUAAAGAAGACGUUUCAGCAGCUGCAAGAAGUGCUGCACGCUCUGAAAUGCUUCAUACAGUUGAAAAAGGUUAUAUAGACUCACAAACAAGACUUUCUCAGCGCGAAAUUUUGAAAGAAAUCCCGAUUGCUAUAGCUGCAAGAAAAUUUGAUUUUCAACUACCCAAUGGACCAUAUCACGUUGAUAUUACCGAAAAUGGCAGAACGUUGCUUCUUGGCGGCGAAGGAGGUCAUCUUGCGAUGUUUGAUUGGUUCAAUGGGCAGAAACAUUUAGAGAUAAAUCCUGAAUUCAAAGUGAGAGAUGUAUGUUUCCUUGGUGAUAACACGCGUUGUGCCAUGGCAACAAACAAAUCUCUUUACAUUUUAGAUAAAACCGGCGUUCAAAUGCACGAAAUCAGAGAAGCCAACGGUGCUACUCAUCUUGAGUUCCUACCCCACUUUUGGCUCCUUGUUGCUGCUACAGAGCAUAAACACCUUGUUUAUACUGAUAUAACAUCUGGCGAAAUUGUUAUGAACGCCUACACUACAUUCCUUCCCACCUGCAUGUGCCGAAACAGGCAGAGUGGCGUCAUUGCAUUAGGCCAUGACCGUGGAUCAAUCUCAUUAUGGACACCAAACACAAACGAACCCGUUGCCCGAUUACAGAAGCAUACUCCAGCUGUUGUUGCCAUCGAUAUCGACAUGACAGGCACCAAACUUGCUGCUGCUCACGGCGACGGAAACAUCCAAAUUUGGGAUUUACGAAAUUUCAAUCGUUGCUACCAAAAGCGAUCAGAUUUUGCGGGAAUUACAGACAUUGCCUUCUCAGCUACAGGAGUCCUCGGUGUUGCACGCGGAAACCACGUAGAGAUGUACAACAAAUACGAAGAUAAAAGAGCUUUCCUGUCCUCAAAAUAUCCAUCAAAAGUGACAAGUCUUAAAUUUGCCACUUUUGAAGAUUUUGCAAUUAUUGGUCUCCAAAGCGGCAUCUCGAGUAUGGUUGUGCCUGGAUCGGGUGAGCCAAACCUCGACUCAAAUGUCGCAAACCCGUUCGAGACAGCAGAAUGGAGACAGGAACAAGAAGUCAGACAUUUACUUGACAAACUGCCGAAAGAGAUGAUUUCUUUGGACCCAUCAACUGUGUUCCACGUAGGAAAGAUAGAGAAUAAGCAUAAGGAGAGAACAGAAAGGUUAAAGAAAAAGAGAAUGAUAAAGGUAGACGCAAAUGAUCAGCAACAACAAAAUGAGGAAGAACCAAAUAAAAAACAGAAAAAUCAACCUAAAAAAGUGACAAUGGAAAGAAAAUUGAGAAUGAUGAAGGACGAAUACAACAGGAAACUAAUAGAGGAAAAGACUGCACAGCUAAAGAAGGAGGCUGAUGGAAAGGAUGAGGAAGCUGACCCAUUGGCAAGAUUCCAGAGAGAAAAGAAAUCCAAAAACUUUUAA